AUGGGGCUCAGAAGGCUCGAUCAGCGCAACUGGUUGACGAUCGAUAAAAAUUAUAUGGAGCAGCACGAGUUGCGCGACUCCCUUUUUCGGACUCAAAGAAUCAAAGUAUUCCAAUGCCUCCCCGAAGCCCGACAUGCUUGCAAGGAAUUACUGCAUGAAGUUGCCACAUAUCUAUGCGGUCGAUACCCUGAUGUAUUUGAGAUGGAUAAAAAUGAGGUUAGUAUCACAACGACAGGCGAGGUAUACCAUCUCGGAGAUCCCACCAAUAGGUUUGAGCCACUCGAGAUAGCAGCUCGACUUGCGAUGGAAGAUCUCAGUAUCAUAUUGGAGAAUGAAGCUGGUCAGAGUUACCUAGCGGCGACAGCCAGUCUAUUCCCCGUGGGAUGGUGCGCCAUGGAGAGAAUUGGAUAUACCAUUGCUCAGAUGCAUGGGCCUGUUCCUCUAUGGCAUAAGGAGAUUGAGUUCUCUGUCAAUAAGUUGGUCAUAUCCCAGCAUCGACCAAAGAAAAGUGCAAUUCGACUGAUUGAACUCCGGUUGGAUUGGGCCACAGAGAUGUUGAACCUCGGCCAGAGGAUAUUCUUCUUCGUCGCGAAAGACAGACGUUUCGCAGAUUACCGAAAUCCAGAGCGAUAG